AUGGCAGAGGUUCUUGGCACAGUUGCUAGUGGCAUCGGUGUUGCUCAGCUGGCGGGCAGUCUUGCUUCUAGUAUUAUCAAGCUGAAGGGUUAUUGGGAUGAAAUUAAAGAUGCGCCGGAUGAUAUUAGCUUUUUGGCGCGAGAGAUUGAUUCCCAUCAUUUGAUACUUCGAAGCAUUCUUGAGAGCCAAGCCAGAAUAACUUCUUCCGGCAGGGCUUCGGACAUGUUCCUUGAGCAUAGUCUAAAGUUAUGUGAAGAUUCCUCAAAUGAAUUAAACGAGCUUGUAAAGGCUCUUGGGAAGGAGAUGAACUCAGGCAAUAAAUGGAGAAGCAAACUAGGUGCCACGAAGGUGGUACUGAAAAAGGAUCAACUUAAGAGAUUAAAGAAGAGGAUGAAAAAUGCUUCAAAAGUGAUGAAUCUCGCGAUCACAUGGCAGACAAAUGCCACUCUUCAACAACAAUUUCCAGUCUUCGAGUUAAAAAUGCAGGCUUCUCUCGAUCAGUUUUUGAUAAACCAUCAGAAGCUUAUUCCAGUACCACCAUUGCCGAGUCCAACCACCCAAAUGUCCUCGAUGAAUAGAGACAUUACAACAACUUCACAGCCACAGAACUCCGAAUGUCACAGCAAUUCAACCCCACGUUUUGUACCCAAAGAUUGUACCUCCGCACAGAUUUAUAGUCAAGAUUACUCGUCAAGGUGGUCCGUCUAUUUGAUGGGCUCCGUUGAUGUUCGAAAGACACAACAACAACGGAAUAGAAAUCGGUUUGAAGAAACUGAGGCGAAAUACAAACCUCCAGCAUGGCUGUCAAAUAGAGCGUGGCAAUGUAUGUACACCAGAGAUCUAUCAACUUUAAGAUGGAACUUCAACAUUCAGACUUAUCGUACUUUGGACGUCGAAUCGGAUUUCUUCAAGGUCCUGAGAGAUGGGGAUGUUGUUGGUGUACAGGAGAUGUUGGCAAAUCGAACGGCUUUUGUGAACGAUCGGUUUGUGGGAGGCCUCCGGCAUGUAAGUUUUUGGGAUGAGGGUACGCCACUACACAUAGCUGCCUCAAAUAAUCAUCUUGAUUUAUGUAAGCUUCUCCUGGAGAACGGGGCGGAUAUCUCAAGCGACGCAGCUCGUGGCAAAACACCUUUAGGAGUGUUUAUUUUCAGUGUCUCCUGGGAUCGAAGACAUCGCUUUCAAGCAUUAGAUCAUACUCACGCACUUGUUAUUUUACGAACCCUCAUCGAAGCAGGGGCAGAUUCGGAGCUUAUUGAUCAGAUGCACAUACUAGCUAGCAGUACUGGUUGUCCUACAGAAAUGUUUCACUAUCUUCAACAGCGCACAUUGAUGAGUUCUGGCGAGAUAAGUUUCAUUGAUAAAGUGUAUAUUGCUUCACGUUUUCUUGUCGAGCAUGGUGUACAAUCUCAAAAUGUGAUUUUAUCAUAUCUUGAAGAUCCUAAUUUCCAGGCAAACGUUGCACUGCAUCGUGAUAACAUUGCCGUGAAAGAAUUCUUUAUAAGAGCCUGCAGAGAAUUUUCGCAAGAUAAUUUUAAAGAUGAAGGGAUGGUGGACCUUGUCAAGAAAAUGAUGUCGACCGGUAUUUCAAUCCAUACCUUGGACGAUAAUCACGAAACGGUGCUGCAAAGGAAGAUUCAGCUUUGCUAUAGAAGAGUUGACGUCCAAGAAGGAGAAAUUUGGGGCUUCGAGACGUGGCUUGGAUUUGUGGUCAAUUUAGGUGUCGAUCUCAACACAUACGGCGAAGUAGAAUCUGCAAUUUAUAAAAAGAAAAGAAUGGCCCAAGACUCGGAUGAGGAUUGGCUGCUGGAAAACAUCUUAGGAUCCAAGCAUGGACCUCGUAUUGAGGAUUGGGAUUUAUGGGCAAUCGAAUGGAGGGAUGAAUAUGCGGGGGAUUUUUGGAAACUCAUUGAGAAUCCACUUCAAGCUGCUCUUGCAAACAUAUCUAUACCCGGGGAAUGGGUUGAUUAA